AUGGCGGACCCUUUGCUCGCUUUCUUUACGUUGAUGGAUAGCCAAGAGCGCAUCAUCGUUCGGGAGGCACCGAACUUUGACCUCGACCUUUACAUACAAAACUAUAAGGGUCGUACACGCUUCGACCGGCUUUUAUUGAUCGGACGUAGCUCAGUGCCAUUGUGCGUUGAUGCGUUGAAGUCCGCAAUCGCAGAAGCCAAGCGGGGCAAGGAUACCGGCCGGUACCGAGAAGCCGUCGAGUGCCUCCGGGUUGCCGCUCCUACCGAACCUGAAGCCAAUUUCGACCAGGCAUGGCUGGAAGCGCAAGAUGCGGCGAAUAAGCUCGAGACCAACCGUUUGACAACCGAACUUAAGGGGUACAAGAACAACUUGAUCAAAGAGAGCGUCCGAAUGGGCAAUGAAGAUCUCGCGAAGCACCUUGAGAGCAUCGGCGAUCUCAACGCUGCGGCUGAGACAUACUCAAAGAUGCGGCCGGAUGUCAGUACACCUAAGCAGUUUAUCGACGUCGGCAAACAUCUCGUCCGUGUCUCAAUUCACCGCCGAGAGUGGGCUAUGGUGGGCGCCCAUCUCAGCAAGCUCGGUGGCUCCCAGCCUGCCGAGGAAGAAAGGACAGUCCAGCCCUAUCUGAAAAUCUCACAGGGCAUUGCGUUGCUAGGACAUCUUAAGUUCAAAGAGGCCGCACUGAGCUUCCUCUCGACCGAUUCGAGUAUUCCCGCCGCCACAUACAACGAGCUCGCCAGCCAAAGCGACGUCGCGAGCUACGGCGGUCUGCUUGCCCUCGCAUCCAUGGACCGGGGGGAGCUCCAGAGGAAUGUGCUCGACAACGCGGUGUUCCGGACGUUCUUGGAGCAUGCACCACACAUUCGGCGCGCUGUGACACAGUUCGUUAGCGGCAGGUACUCUGCAUGCAUUUCCGUUCUCGAGUCAUACCGUGCGGACUAUCAGCUCGACAUCUUCCUACAAAAGCACGUCGCGACUAUCUACUCCCGCAUUCGCAGCAAGUGUAUCAUCCAGUACCUGAUACCCUUCUCAUGCGUCAGCUUGGAGACAAUGAACAAUGCCUUUGGUGGCCCCGGUCAGGACAUUGAGAAUGAGCUGGCCGACAUGAUUGAAUCCGGUGCUCUCAAGGCUCGGAUCAAUACUAUUGACAAGCUGGUUACCACCAAGGCCGCCAAUCCGAGAGCACAGAUGCAAGAGGCGGCCCUCCGAACAGCCGAGAAUUACGAGAAGCAGGCGCUUGAUCGUCUUCGACGGAUGGGGCUUGCGGCUUCCGACCUUGAGCUGAAGGGGGGCAGAAAAGGGGGCCAGUUUAGUUCUCAGAGUGAUUACAUGAUGGAAGAGACCUUGGGUUAA